AUGGCGAGCUCUCUCCCAUCUUUCCAACCACCAAUGAUCCGCGCCUCCUCUUCGUCUUCCUCGAGAAAACCCGACGCGAAUCGCCGCAAAGCCACCGUUUCGUCCAACUGGUGGACCCCGGUGUUUGGGUGGUCGUCGGAUCCGGAUUACAUCGGCAACACCACCAGCAGCGGCGGUCCAUCCCAAAACCCAAGGGCAAUGCCGGAUCCUGCUGAGGCCGAAUCGGGGCGACCACCCAGAUCCAGGUUUUCGGCGGGGUGCUUCACGGAAGAUAAGGCCAAGCAGCUGCGAAGGAAGACCCUGGAGAGUUCCACAUUCCACGAUGUCAUGUACCACUCGGCCAUCGCCUCUCGCCUCGCCUCCGAUUUAUCCGGUGUCCAUUCCGACAAGUAA